GAAGAUGUGGAAGUCACCAAAUGGUACUAUUAGAAACAUUUUGGGUGGUACUGUCUUCAGAGAACCUAUUGUUAUUGAAAACAUUCCAAGAUUAGUUCCUGGAUGGACUCAACCAAUUGUUAUUGGUCGUCACGCUCAUGGUGAUCAAUACAAGGCUACUGACUUGGUUAUUGGCGAACCAGGAAAGAUGGAACUUGUUUUCACUCCAAAGAAUGGUGGUGAAACUCAAAGAUACACUGUCUUCAACUUUGAAGGUUCUGGUGUUGCUAUGGGAAUGUACAAUACUGAUGAAUCUAUCAGAGAUUUUGCUUACUCAUGCUUCCAAUUGGCUGUUGACAAGAAAUGGCCAUUGUACUUGUCCACCAAGAAUACCAUCUUGAAGGCUUAUGAUGGUAGAUUCAAGGAUAUCUUCCAAGAAAUCUAUGAAAAGGAAUUCAAGACUAAAUUCACUGAAUUGGGUAUCUGGUACGAACACAGACUUAUUGAUGACAUGGUUGCUCAAACUUUGAAGAGUUCUGGUGGUUUCAUCUGGGCUUGUAAGAAUUAUGAUGGUGAUGUCCAAUCCGAUAUUGUUGCUCAAGGUUAUGGUUCUUUGGGUUUGAUGACUUCUGUCUUGUUGUGUCCUGAUGGUAAGACUGUUGAAGCUGAAGCUGCUCACGGUACUGUUACUAGACACUACAGAGAACACCAAAAGGGUAAGGAAACCUCCACCAACCCUGUUGCCUCCAUCUUUGCUUGGUCUCGUGGUUUGGCUCAUCGUGCUAAGCUCGAUGGUAAUGCUGAAUUGGCCAAGUUCUGUGAUGCUUUGGAAGCUGCCACUAUUGAAACUAUCAGAGCUGGUAAGAUGACCAAGGAUUUGGCUAUCUGUGUUCACGGAAACAAUGUUGAUCGUUCUCAAUACCUCAACACCAAUGAUUUCAUGGCUGCUAUUGAUGAAACUUUGAAGAGUAAGCUCGGAUUAUUAAAUUUACCAAAACAACGAGCAUCCAAACUGUAAUAAAAAAGUUUAAAAAUCCCUCCGAAUCAUGGACAAUUGAGAUGAUCAUCCUUCCCUUGUAAUUUAAAUUUAUUUAUUCUCCACCAUUAUUUGUAAAUUGUUAAUCCUAGAAUUUAGUCAAUUAGUAUUAAAUAGUAUUAU